UUGAUCGACGAAGAAAAUGACCACGCAGCUGCGAGAAGUGGGGUAUUUGGUUGGAAUGCGUAUUAUCGGUUAGGGGACAUUUACAAUUGGAUGGACUCUCUGGAAGAAAAGUACCCAGAAGUGAAAGUUAUUGUUGGAGGUACAAGUUAUGAAAAUCGUGAAAUAAAGGGCGUGAAAGUGACAUACGGCGAAAAGAAUAAGGAUAUUUUCAUUGAAUCAGGCAUCCACGCCCGCGAAUGGAUUGCCCCAGCGACUGUGACAUAUAUAUUGAAUGAGAUCCUGACUCGGUCAGACCCCACGUUCAGGGCUCUAGUUGAGAGCUUUAACUGGUACAUCUUCCCCUCUUUCAAUCCUGAUGGCUACGAAUACACUCAUACAACGUACCGUCUCUGGCGAAAGACCCGCAGCCCCUCCGGAGACGGAUGUUUUGGCGCUGACCCUAAUCGCAACUGGAAAUACAUGUUUAAUGAGGGUGGCAGCAGCGGUAAUCCGUGCUCAGACACAUAUCGAGGAUCUGAUUGGUUCAGUGAAAUCGAAACCAAGUCCAUGUCCGAAUACAUUACAUCGAUUAGCGAAAACAUUGCUGUCUAUUUGGGGUUCCAUAGCAGUGGUCAGAUGCUACUAAUACCUUAUGGAUUCACAAACGCUAAUUCAGCAGAGAACCUCAUGGAGAUUGGCAGAGCCGCCACUAAUAAACUUAAGGAGCGUUACGGCACUCAAUAUACAGUCGGCAACAUUGUGGAUAUCAUAUAUGUGGCGAGCGGCAGCAGCAUGGAUUGGGUUCGUGGAACAUUUGACACCCCUUAUACCUACACCUACGAGCUGCGUGAUACAGGGCGCUACGGAUUUUUGCUCCCAGCCACACAGAUCAUUCCCACUGGUGAAGAGACAUUGGACUCAGUGGUCGUCAUUAUUGAUAACGUUCUCAAAGCCCUUGACGACAAGGGUUCCCAAGACGAAGAUACACCGUGA